CCUAUCUUUUAACAUUCAUUUCUGGCUCCUUCAGAUGUUUAUCCGAUUACAUAAAUCUUGAACAGGUAGAGAUCGGACCAUAACCAACUUUUCUUCAAAAUCAAAAAGUAAAACUUCACAUCUUGAAAUCGUGAAAUGUCAAUAGCUUAUCAAUUAUCUCCAAGCAACCUCCAUCUCGCUGGCGCGUCCUUACACGCAAAGAUCCCCACAAUACGUGCACGUUCGCCGCGCGUUAAUCUUAAAUGACCAAAAUUCCCCAUUCCCAUCUACAUACAUAUCCACUAUAGGAAAAUUUCCAAAAGCUUGACACCUAUUCAGAAAUCAUGAUUUGUGCUUGGCGGUCUUGAAUGGAUACCUUAUGGAUCACAUUGCUUCGCUAUCUCUAGAACGUCAGCCGCGUCGUAAGGAGAAGAGGAUGUAUGCUUUCGGGUUGUGUUGUAGGUGGCUCAUUUUCUGAGUUUUUGGGACCUUUGAUAUGUGAGAAGAAGGUCAAUAUGAAGUUUUGGAGAGUGUCCUUCCUCUUGUACCGGCUGUUGUUUAUUGUAUUUGCGUCGUUUCCUGUCUCAAAUUUUUCAUUUCGUCUUUGUGAUUUUCAUCCCCUUUUCCCCUGAAAAUCAUCUUUUGUUUUAAGUACGCAGCACCUUUUGAUACCCUUCUGUUAAAGCAUUUCAUAUUCGAUACCCCUCUUUCCAUCAUCAAACUCCCAAAUCACGCAAUGCGGGGAACACAAUUCAUACACCUCAUCCCCAUCCUCCUUGGGCGUCUCAUCAACGCAACUCCAGAAACUUUCCCAUAUAUUCAAUCUACAGAAUUUGACGCCGGAGAUUAUGGUGCCUAUCCAAAUCGCACCUAUACAACACGUCCAGACUUGAUCUCUCCUCGUCUGAAUAUCCUCCAAGAUGAUCCGAGAUGUGACGAUGGAUUAUAUACGAUGAUAUCUCUCAGAGGCGAUGAAGUGCAUAUCACGGGACAAAGUCCUAUGAUCCAUGAUCACCAAGGAAAUCUCGUUCGGAUGAAUACAUCUUAUGGGGAGACAUUUGGGCUAAAUGUACAGAGAUACAAAGGCGUGGAUUUUUUGACGUUUUGGCAGGGUGAUGAUUCGGUGGGGGGACAUGGGGAGGGAGUUUACAUCUUGCUAGAUUCCCAAUACAAAGAAGCUUACCGUCUAACAGCUGGCAACAACGCCCUAGGAGGCCUCCACGAAUUUCACAUAACACCUGAAGGAACGGCUCUAGUAACCCAAUACAUUCUCAAAGAAAUGGACAUCCGAUAUCGUCGUCGCACCCAAACCAACGAGAUUAUAUUCGAAUGGCACGCAUCCGAGCAUUUCAACACCGAAGACUCUUAUUUUCCAGCUGGAAGUGCUGGACUGAGAAGUAGUCAUGGGUACGAUUUCUUUCACAUCAACAGUAUCGACAAAGAUGGAUUGGGAAAUUACCUGAUUAGUUCGAGAUAUUAUCAAUCAGUAUCCUAUAUUGAUGGAAAGACGGGUAAGAUUCUUUGGGAGCUCGGAGGAAAAAGAAAUAGUUUCAAGGAUUUGUCGAAUGGGAAAGCUACAGCGUUUAGCUGGCAACAUGAUGCUCGUUGGACUACGGAUCGUAAGGGAAUCACCUUAUUCGACAACGGGGCGCAUUAUGGAUUGAGACCGCAAGUUGAGAGCUCCCGUGCUAUUCAUAUAUCCCUCGAUCUCGAAGCCAUGACUGCGGAAAUCGUACGCGAGUAUGUGAAUCCGAGAACAAUCUUAAGUGCUAGCCAAGGCAGUAUGCAGGUACUCGAGAAUCGAAAUGUAAUGGUUGGAUAUGGGUACAAUGCUGCUUGGACUGAGUAUAGUUCUGAAGGAGAAGUUCUCUGUGAUGUUCGUAUUGGAUCUCAAAAGACCUUCACCACAGGAGCGGUACAAACAUAUAAGGUGUUGAAACAUGCGUGGGUUGGCCGGCCCGAUACAGUGCCGGAUGUGAAGGUGGUGCAGAACAAUGUGUAUCUUAGUUGGAAUGGGGCUACGAAGGUUAGAGGAUGGGUUCUGAAGGGAGCGAAGACUGGCAGGGGAGAAGGAGGCGAGGAGGAAUUUCAGAAGGUAGCUGAAGUUCAGAAGAGCGGGUUUGAGACUAGAAUUUUAUUCCAGAGAAAAUCUUGGUGUUGGGUGAGAGUUAUCGCUAUUGAUGGCGAGGGUGUAAAACUGGAGACUAGUGAUAUUUGGGCUACUGGAACAGACUGUAAGGAUACGAUCGAUCUACCCGAGACAGAAGAAAUAAUGGAGGAAGAAGAGGAGGCUGCAAAGCCAUUAAUACCAUCAAGAUUUGCAUUAGAAGUAAUAGCACUUGCGGGAUUUGCAUUUGGAAUGUUGGAGUUAUGCAGAAGGAAGUUUUGGAAACGGACAUCAUCCAGUUUCGGAUAUAAAGUACUCCCUAUACAAGCGCAGGAUUACGCUGUCGAGAAAUAA